AUGACGACCAACCUUAUUUGUCCACCACAUGUCAGCAGUAUUUUGCUCCUCCUCCUCCUCCUUCUUGGUUGGCAACCGGAUCAGGUCAUUGCAAUUCGUGGCCUCAAGAAAGGAGCCAAUAGUGUGAAAGGCGACCCUUCUCUUGUCGACUUUGAAAUGUGUGCCGCACUGAUUCCGAUCAAUGCCCAAAAUCCAGAGCUGGCUGUGUUCUUUGACUUGGAAGAUACUUGCACCACCACCUUUUGGGAAAAUCAAGAACCCUGGACCAAUGGAAGUCCGCUCUAUACCGCAUAUUAUCCCGUUUGUUCCUGCGUCAUUUUGGCCAAGGAUUGUUUCCUUCCCGCCGUCAGCACCUUUGCUCCCAUGUACGAUGUGGCCCGAUCUACUGGUUUGCUAAAAGAAGAAGCCAUUGCCUUUGCCAGUCCCUUUGUGGAGUCGGAUUGUUUGGCAUAUGCCCUGGCGUUUUUGGAUCAGUGGGCUAGUGACGAACCUAUGAAUAAUAGCGACGAUCCACCUUCUAAUGAUUAA